AAUUUUUAGUCCGACAUGCUAUUUAAUAAAGUUAAAUUACAAAUUUCAAGUUCGUUAACUCAUUUAACAACAGGAAGAUGGAAAUCCCUCAACGAUUUGAAAAAUGUUUAUAAAUUCAAUUUGGAAGAACCUCAUAGCCUUCAAUGGUGGACUGAAGAUUAUUGGUUUGGUUUGCAAAAAAUUCAAGGCACAAAUCCAGUUUUAAUAAAGCUUUGUAAAAACAUUCCAGACAACUUUGAAAUUGAACCGUCAAUGGUUGAGCCAUUUUUGGAAGGUCUAAGUUUGAAUGAUGCUCUCGAAGAAAAUCGUAUAUUUAUCAUCGAUUUGGAAGUUUUACAGAACAUAUACACUGUGGAAAAUACAGUGUUGUGUUCACCUCUGGCUCUAUUUUAUUUGAAUAAUUCAGGAAAUCUGAUGCCAAUUGCUAUUCAAUUAUUUCAAGAGAAAGGACCAGAUAAUCCUGUAUUUUUGCCUUCAGAUCCUCCUUACACUUGGUUACUAGCAAAACUCUAUUUUAAUAACGCAGAUGCUAUAUUUCAUCAAUCGUGUACACAUUUAGGUUUAACUCAUUUGUUGAUGGAAGGCGUGGUUAUUUGUACGCACCGUCAUUUGUCACCAUCUCAUCCACUUUUCAGAUUAAUGUCACCUCAUUUUCUUUAUUUGUUGGCGAUCAAUUCGCUUGUAUUAAUGAUUUCACUCGGUAUUUUCCGUAGAAAAAGGAAGUUGAAAGUACACGUGAGGACCGGUGAUAGGAAGGGUGCAGGAACAGAUUCGAAUGUUUAUCUUUCAAUAAAAGAUAAAAUCGGUAACAGGAGCGAAGAAUUCAAAUUAGAUCAUUGGUGGAGGAACGAUUUAGAAAGGGGCACAACUGACAGCUUCGAUAUAAACGUUGACAUUAACUUCGGCAUCGUAAAUCAAAUAGAAUUACACAGGGACACAUCUGGAAUCGGCGAUGCCUGGUAUUUGGAUAUAAUUAUCAUCGAAGACAAAGAUCGUAUUGCGACGUUCCCUGUACACAGAUGGAUACACCCGUACAGAAAAUACUGUAUAAACGAAUACGACAGUGUCCUUCCUCAAUUCGACAGCAACAAAUGCCAAAGAUCCAAAGAAUUAACGAGCAAAAGACAGAUUUAUCAAUAUACCACUCAUAUCAAAGACGGACCCGCACAGGAUGGUCGCUUUGAAAUUGAACCGUCAAUGGUUGAGCCAUUUUUGGAAGGUCUAAGUUUGAAUGAUGCUCUCGAAGAAAAUCGUAUAUUUAUCAUCGAUUUGGAAGUUUUACAGAACAUAUACACUGUGGAAAAUACAGUGUUGUGUUCACCUCUGGCUCUAUUUUAUUUGAAUAAUUCAGGAAAUCUGAUGCCAAUUGCUAUUCAAUUAUUUCAAGAGAAAGGACCAGAUAAUCCUGUAUUUUUGCCUUCAGAUCCUCCUUACACUUGGUUACUAGCAAAACUCUAUUUUAAUAACGCAGAUGCUAUAUUUCAUCAAUCGUGUACACAUUUAGGUUUAACUCAUUUGUUGAUGGAAGGCGUGGUUAUUUGUACGCACCGUCAUUUGUCACCAUCUCAUCCACUUUUCAGAUUAAUGUCACCUCAUUUUCUUUAUUUGUUGGCGAUCAAUUCGAGAGGAUUAGAAAAGUUAAUUUCUCCUGGAGGAUGGGUGGAUAAAACCAUGAGUACAGGAUGCAAAGGGAUGUUUCAACUGAUCAAAAAAUGUUUUAAAAGAUGGAAAAUGGACGUGAAUGGGAUAUUGCCUAAUGAAUUUGCAUCGAGAGGAGUAAAUGAUCCAGAAAUUUUGCAUUAUUAUCCUUAUAGAGAUGAUGCAACUGCAUUGUAUAACUCAAUCAAAAAAUAUGUUUCGAAGAUUGUUUAUCAUUAUUAUGAGAAUUCCGAAAGUAUAAUUGAAGAUUGGGAAUUACAGAAGUGGAGAGAAGAAUUAACCAAAGACAAUGCAGAAGGAGGAGUUGGACUUAAAGGAAUACCAGGAAAUCAAGGAUUUACUCAAGUGGAUGAAAUCGUCGACGUUGUCACGUCAAUCAUUGCCAUCUGCAGCAUUAAUCAUUCGGCAGCUAAUUUUCUACAAUUCGACGAAUAUGCCUUCCCUCCUAAUUAUCCCGCCAUAUUAUAUGGAGAGCCACCUCGCGAUAAAACACCUUUAACAGAAGAAGAUAUUUUAAAUCAUUUACCAGACAAAAGCGUUACCCUAGAUAUUAUUAUAAUUACAAGGUUACUGAGCAUGAAGGGUACAAAUUCAUUAGGAGAUUUCGAAGUUCAGUAUCUUUACGAUCCCGUAAGCAUUGAAGCUGUUGAAGAGUAAGUACAGUACUAAUUUUUUUUAUAACAUUAUUUCACUUUUUUAUAAUUAAAAUAUAAUUAUUAAAUUAAUUUUUAAAUAAUAAUUCACAGUUUAAUAACGUAAUGUUCGAUACCCAUGUUGUAUUCGGUACCCAUUCUCCUUAGUACAGUUAAGAGGAGUUAAACAAUUUUCGGGGUAAGAGUUACGGGAAGUUACGGUGAUUAGAUGGAAUUAUAUUACAUUUAAAAAUAUUAAAUAGGUUUAGGGCCUUUAUAUAUAUGCAUUAAUAGUGGUGGCCUAAUACCUUCGCGCGAAUUAAACCUGUAUUACUAAUAUAUUUGUUAUUUUAUG